GACAACCCACAUCUCGAACCCGAAUCCCUACCCCAAUCCUUAUUGGAAAAGACCAGUUCGUUCAUCAUCUGGGCUAGGGUUCUAGCUUCUCUGAUCAUCAAUUAAUCAGUAUAAUGGUCAAGAUUAACAAAACCCUAGCAAUUAUCAUAUGGGUAACCAUCAUAUUUUCCAUUGAAGUUCUUGCAAAGAAAUCUCCCCGCCCAAUUUCUGACACUGAGAUUCGAGAAAAGAAGCAGAAUUGUUACUCUGAAAUUGAACUUGGAUAUUGGGGUGCACAAUGCAAGACUUCAAUGGUUGCAAAGGAGAAUUGUGCAUUAAAAUGCUUGUCUCCAGCUUGCUUUGAGCUUAUUUAUGAGAGUGAUCCUCUGGAAGAAGGCGAGAGAGAUUACACGAGGAGCCAAGAGUACAAGUACUGUAUGCACAGAUUGUCUUUGGGAGAAAGCUUGGAUGGUAUUAAAGGCUCUUUCGAUUAAAAUUCAAGACCGUUUCAUACCAACAUUGUUAUACAUGGAAUCUCACCCGUAUGUAACCCUAAACCUUAAAUCCUUUCGCAAAUGUAAUCUUUAUGUAGAAACAGUUUGUGUAAAAUGGUGGCUGAUUCCUCCAGUUGUCUUGUUGUAACUGCUGCUUAAUCUAUUGUGUAUUGUUUAAUGAGGAUGCAUGUUUUUUUAA